AGCAACACAUCACCUCGAAUUCGAAAACUGAGAUGAUUGAAGUUCCCGUUGAUAACAAGGUUCAAUUUGGAUUGCAGGAUGAAUGCAACAUUCCGGCAAGAGACGAAUCUGAUGAGUCAAAAAUUUGUUUUGAAACACCAUUGAGUUGCACAAAAGACGCACCAGAUGAAAAGAUCACCAGCUCCGAAGCCCCAUUAAGUGUGACAGGGGAUAAGCUGGACGAGCCGGAAAAAUCAUUUUCAUCUGAUAUCUUGUCCUUGGAUUACUUCAUACCAGAAGUACCUGAUCCUGUCGAUGUUGAACCGCGAGAAAUCCCGACCGAGAAAAAGUCUCCUCCUGAAUUGGAAAAAAGUGAGGGUGAACAGCAAUUGAAGUCAGUCGACAACAACAGCAACAACAGCAAUGAGAAUGAAAAUGUUGCUGAUUGUGAAGAGACGUGCUUGGCUCCUCCUGAAACUGUCCCUGUUGCAAGUGACUUGAAACUGAAAGCCAAAUGGAAGGCAAGGUUGAGUCAGAAAUGGUCCAAGAUUGGAUCUGCUAUGAAGUCCAAAGCCGAGGACAAGCAGACUGNGACUACAAAGAUGAAGAUCAAGAGUUGUUUGUAUGAAAAUGAUGCUCCGUUGGAAGCUGGUCAAGCGACUCCACUGAAACCUGCUGACCAAGACGUCGACGGGAUGGAUAAAAUUGCUUAG